AGUGAUCCCUGCGCACACUAGUGCGCAUCAAGAUGCAUGACCGCGUAGUUAUAGCAAAACUGACGAAAGUUGGCCAAGUCACUGCCGCAUUCUGGACCGGAUGCAAUUGGGAGUAUCGACUGUUCCUUGGGAUUGCCGUGACUCUGGCGCCUAUGCAUCCUCCUUUUAUCUUCAUCCAACAUGCAGAGGAUAUCUGAUUCAGUUACAACGAUAUUUCAGUUGGACACCAAGGAGGAACGCAUUGCCGCCUGCCUGCAAAGCAGUUCGCAUGUAGUUUAUAGCGAGAAGUUUGGAUUGGGCUGGCGUUUUGGGCUGCAGUACGCGAAAGAGGGCUGGGCUUUUGCUAAAGUGAAGGUUUAUCUUGAUCACACCCAUUGCUCGUCGGAGACAGAUGCCGCUACGGUCACUGUUUGCCUUAAAGAUGGGUCUGCUCCGGGGGGGCCUACCUUUGACAGCAAGACAGUCUCGAUUACGAACUUUGGCCAUGGCCCGCCCGCACUUCUUGGCUCUUUCUCGCCGUAUAGUAUUGCUUCACACCCAUUCCUGUGGUUUACGGUCACUACGAAAGUGGCUUUCGCUCAAGCUAUCGCCGACCCUCUCGCCGAUACUGCGUCUGCUCUCAGGCAGUCCAUGCAUGAUGGUGCAUUUAUCCACACCAAGUACUAUGCCAUGUCCAAGCGUAGAACUUGGAGAUCUCCAGGAGAAACCUGGUUUGUCUACGCGAACGACGCAGUCCUAGCCCACGAUGUCGGUGUUGCGCCUGUUCCUCCUUCUUUUAAUAUAGGAAAUCGAUUACUUAUACGCUACGAGAGCCAAUCCAAGCUGAUCAGGGACGCUGAGCGAUAUGAUUAUGACCUCGACAGCGACAUCGAAGAGGAGGAAGAAGAAGAAGAAGAGAAAGAAGAAGAAGAAGAAACACCUAUCAAGUUCCCGCCUUACCAUCAUCAUUACUAUUCCCCUCGCACGGAAUAUUUUGACUCAGAUGUGUCUGAUUCUACUUCUAGCAGUGCUCUAAGUUCGGAUGGGGAUGACCGAGAUGAUCUCAGCUCCACGGGCACCUUCGUGGCUGGGCCAUUACCUUCACCCGCCCUUCAGGCCCACCGAAUGGUGCUAGUUCGCGACACGGCAUUCAUAACCUGGGCAUCCUACGUAUACUACUGCUACACUGGUCAGGUUUCUUUCUACCCUCUGAGAUCCAAAGACCCGCACAGUCGACGCGAUAAGACAGCCGAGAGCUGUUCUCCCAAAUCAAUGUACCGACUCGCGGUCAAGUUGAAUAAUACACGUUUGCAAGCUCUGGCGUUUCAGGCAAUCAAGUCUAGUUUGUCCAAGAGCAAUAUCUUGGAUGAGGCGUUCUCGUGGUUCACAGCUCAGUAUGACUUUCUUGUUUACACCACGAUCCCCACUGAUCCUCGAUCACCACAGGUACCAAGACAUUCGAAACAUGGAACUAGAACUCCUACUAGGAAUUCCGCAGCGCACCUGAAGUAUCAACUCGCCUGUCGCGGAUUCUUGAAGCUGUUUCCAACGGAGAAAAGCCUUAUGCACAUGCUAUGCUUCAUGCCUUCUUAGAACGCUUGACGCAGCUGGGGGCGGGCGGUACAC